CCUUCCCCUUCUGCAGAAUAAACCGUUAGACGGUGAAAACUCAGCAGCUCCAUUUUGGAAAAUAAACCAUUUCAGGAGUAAAAACACAGGUUUGAUUUAACACACCGAUGUUGGAGUGAAGUAAACGUGUGUCCUGCUGUAAUCUGGAGAAGGAGACAUGACCUCCAACAUGAGUGUGUCUGGAAAACAGGACUUAAAGAAAGACGAGAGAAUGAUGGAGGGAAAGAGAUCAGACUCACCAGAACCCAGCUGUGUGUCCAUGAAGAGUGACGAGUCAAUGGGAUUUCCACUUAACUUCAGAGACAGAGACAGUUCUACUGAUGUGAGAAUGAUGGAGGGAAAGAGAUCAGACUCACCAGAACCCAGCUGUGUGUCCAUGAAGAGUGACCAGUCAAUGGGAUUUCCAAUUAACUUCAGAGACAGAGACAGUUCUACUGAUGUGAGACCACAAAAGAAGAAAUCAAACAUCAGCAGAAAUCAGUUGGAGUCCAUAUUCAAGGAGCUGGAACACAAAGUCAUCACUCUGAUAAAGAAUGAGCUGGAGAGGUUUAGGAAGCUGCUGAGUCCAGAUAACCCAGCAUGCACUGAGAGGGAGGUGGAGGAUGAGGAGGAUCUGCACAGUGUCCGAGAGGGAGCACUGAAGAUCACACUGCACGUCCUGAAGAACAUGAACCACACAGAUCUCGCUAACACACUGCACAACAAGUCUGUGGCCUCUGUGUAUCAGUCAAAGUUGAACUCCAGCCUGAGAGAGAAGUUUAAAAGAAUUAAUGAAGGAAUCUCACAGCAUGGAAGCUCAGUACUUCUGAAUGAGAUCUACACAGAGCUCUACAUCACAGAGGGUUGGAGUGGAGACGUCAAUAAUGAACAUGAGGUGAGACAGAUUGAGACAGCGUCCAGGAGACCAGCAACACAGGAGACACCCAUCAAAUGUAAUGACCUCUUUAAAGACAAGUCCAUCAGAACUGUGCUGACUAAAGGAGUUGCUGGAAUUGGAAAAACAGUCUCUGUGCAGAAGUUCAUUCUGGACUGGGCUGAAGGAAAAGCAAAUCAGGACAUCACCUUCAUGUUUCCACUUCCCUUUAGAGAGCUGAAUUUGAUGAAGCAGCAAAAUCUCAGUCUGAUGAAUCUUCUUCAUCACUUUUUCCCAGAAAUGAGAAAACUACAAUUAAUAGACUGUGACUCCUACAAAGUGUUGUUGAUCUUUGAUGGUCUGGAUGAGUGUCGACUUCCUCUAAAUUUCCAGAAGAAUGAGCGAUUGUGUGAUGUGACGGAGUCAGCCUCAGUGGAUGUGCUGCUGACAAACCUCAUCAAGGGGAAUCUGCUUCCCUCUGCUCUCCUCUGGAUAACCUCUCGACCAGGAGCAGCCAAUCAGAUCCCUCCUGAGUGUGUAGACCAGGUAACAGAGGUACAAGGGUUCAGUGAUCCUCAGAAAGAGGAGUACUUCAGGAAGAGGAUCAGUGAUCAGAGCCUGGCCAAUAAAAUCAUCACACACAUGAAGUCUUCAAGAAGCCUCUACAUCAUGUGCCACAUCCCAGUCUUCUGCUGGAUUUCAGCCACUGUUCUAGAGAGAAUGUUGGGUGAAGUAGAGAGUGGAGAGAUCCCCAAGACUCUGACUCAAAUGUUCACACACUUUCUGAUCUUUCAGAUCAAACACAAGGACCAAAAGUACCAUCAAAAAUGUGACCCUCAUCCUCAGCAGACCAGAGAGAGUAUCCUGGCACUGGGAAAACUGGCUUUCCAACAGCUGGAGAAAGGAAACCUGAUCUUCUAUGAGGAAGACCUGAGAGCAUGUGGCAUUGAUGUCAGAGAAGUGUCAGUGUACUCAGGAGUGUGUGCCCAAAUCUUCAGAGAGGAGUUUGGGCUUCACCUGGGGAAGGUGUUCAGCUUUGUGCAUCUGAGUGUUCAGGAGUUUCUGGCUGCUUUAUAUGCACUUUUGUGCUUUAAUUUUAGAAAAACAAAUGUGGUAGUGAAGCAAAGCACUAGACUUUUUAGUUUAUUCAGAAAACCAAACAUGUCUGAUUUCCUCAGGAGUGCAGUGGACAAGGCCUUACAGAGUGAGAAUGGACACCUGGACCUGUUCCUCCGCUUCCUUCUGGGUCUCUCGCUGGAUUCCAAUCAGACUCUCUUACGAGGUUUAAUGCCACAGACAGGAAGCAGCUCUCACAGCAAACAGGAAAUAGUGAAGUACAUCAAGGAGAAGAUCAGGGAGAAUCCAUCUCCAGAGAAAUCCAUCAAUCUGUUCCACUGUCUGAAUGAACUGAAUGAUCAUUCUCUAGUGCAGGAAGUACAAACUUACCUCAACAGAGGAGGUUACAGUCGUCUCAGGGGAACCAGACUCUCUCCUGCUCAGUGGUCAGCUCUGGUGUUUGUGUUACUGAACUCAGAACAGGAGCUGGAGGAGUUUGAUUUGAGUAAAUAUGACCCAUCAGAGGAAUGUCUUCUCAGGAUGCUGCCAGUGGUCAAAGCCUCCAGAAAAGCUGAGCUGCGUGUGUGUAAACUGACAGAGGAAAGCUGUAGAGUUCUGUCCUCAGUUCUCAGCUCAAACUCCUCCAGUCUGAGAGAACUGAACCUGAGUGACAAUAAACUGCAGGAUUCAGGAGUGAAGCUGCUCUCUGCUGGCCUGGAGAAUCCACACUGUACACUGGAGAUACUGAGGCUGCGUGAGUGUAAUCUGACAGAGGAAAGCUGUAGAGGUCUGUCCUCAGUUCUCAGCUCAAACUCCUCCAGUCUGAGAGAACUGGACCUGAGUGGAAAUAAACUGCAGGAUUCAGGAGUGAAGCUGCUCUCUGCUGGACUGGAGAAUCCACACUGUACCCUGGAGAUACUGAGGUAUACACACACACACACACACACACACACACACACACACACACACACACACACAUUUCUACUACUACUACUACUACUACUAAUAAUUUUUUACAUAAAAUGCAAAGUGCUUCAUAAUGGAAAAUAAAAUUAUACUAAUAACACAAGAUAAAAAUAAAAAUAAAAUAUCAAAGCCUAAAAAGUCAUUAAGAAAUAAAUAGAAUGAAUCAAACAGAAAAUAAAAUAUUGUAGAUCAUUAAAAUAUUAAAAAAUCAGGUUUAAGCACAAAAUCAAGAGGACUAAUUAAAAGGCAAGGUAAAUAAAUGUGUUUAAGCUGCUUUUUAAAUAUAUUUAGUGCAGGUGUCUGAUGGAUAUACACUGGGAGUGAGUUCCACAUCCUGGGAGCAGCGACACUAAAAGCAGUUUCACCGAGCUUCUUCUUAUUAAAAUUCACCUUAAGGAAGCCAGCAUUUGUUGAUGUUAAAUAACGAUUUGGGGUGAAAUCCAUCAGGCAUUCUGCUAAAUACACAGGUGCAAUGCCAUUAAGAGCACUUUAAAAUCGACUCUGGAUGUCACAGGUAACCAGUACAGUUCCUGCACAAUAGGAGUAAUAUGGUCUCUCUUUAGUUUGUGUUAGAAGCUGAGCAGCUGCAUUUUGUACUAACUGUAAUGGAUAAAGAGUUUUUUGGGAAGUCCAUAAAACAGAGCAUUACAGUAAUCUAAUCUACUUGGAGUAAUUGCAUUGAUGAGUUUUUCUGCAUCAUCUUAACAUAAAAAUGUUCCUCAAAUGAUGAAAUGCGACCUUAGAGAUAUUAUUGAGAGGAAUGUGAGGAACAAAGCUGAGAUCAUAGUCGACUAUUACACCCAGAUUUCUAACCUGUAACCAGCUCAUUUUUCAAUAAUUAUUCUCUUUUCUGUUUAUCUCCUACAAUUAAUAUCUCCAUUUUAUCCUGGUUUAACUGCAGAAAGUUCUGUAACAUGCAGUCAGAUAUUUCAUUCAAGCAUGUAAGCAAUUUGUUAUUUGGCAUUUGAUUACCUGGUGACACUGAUAUAUAAAGUUGUGUGUCAUCUGCAUAACUAUGAAAACUGAGUUCAUGCUUUUGAAUGAGUCUACCAAGAGGUAACAUGUAGAAGGAGAAAAGCAAGUGUCCUAAAAUAGAUCCUUAUGGAACGCCAAAUGAAAUAUCAUAUUGUCUUGAUGAGUGACUUCCCAGUUUAUCAUAAAACUGUCUACCACACAAGUAUGAUCUGAACCAGCUUAGUACUGCUCCUGAGAGACCUACCCAGUGUUCAUGUCUGAGUAGAAGAAUAUCAUGGUCUACAGUAUCAAAAGCUGCACUCAGGUCAAGAAGAACAAGAAUGGAAAUGUGAUCAGAACUGGCACUUAGCCACAGAUCAUUUAAAACCUGACCAAAUGCAUGCAAACCACAGCUGAUUUGUAUUAGUGAUGCCAAAACUCCAUAAAAGGUAAAUGGAAGUUAUUUUUACUCACGUCUACACCAAUAAAAAUAUUAUUAAUCAGUAUAACAGCACCUGGAAAGGCCAAAAUCUGGAAACAAUUUACAGGAAAGGUGAAUUAGGUGUGAAUGUUUUGAAGUGAAAAGAAAAAAGUUUUACAUGAAAGGUGAGAAAAAGAGAUCUACACUGUACGCAGGUGAUCAUGGACACCGAGCAUCACACAGAGAAACUGCUGUGUUUAAAUAGUUUAGAGUGUCUCAGUGACUGUUGGUCAGAAAUCUCUCACACUGAUGCACUCUUCAGCCUCUCAUGCUACAAUCAGUCACUUCUCUCUGUUUGAAACGUGACAAUAACAAGAAAUCCAAGCACUGAUACACUUGGACAUGCACAGGAAUGGCACAAGGUUGUUGUGUUGGUUAAAUUAGUGCUGGCUCUAAAGUGUUGAACAGCAUUUAAAGAAGAUGCCGUGACAAACCGAAGUGAUUUAUAAACCAGCUUUCAUCCUCCAGAAGAAUCGUACUGGUCUCUAAAUAUCUAAAUAUCUCUAACAGUGUGCUCUAAAUCUUCUGUCAGCUGAGGCGUUUGCACCAUGUCUGCUUACUGCUAUACACAGACAGACCGGCCCUUCCUCCUUUAUACAGACUUUUUUCUUUCUUCUUUCUUUUGUCUUCACUGAAUGACUCGUCUCAUUUGUGUUAAUGUAUGGAUUGUGUUGGCUUGCUUUUUAAAUU